AUGAAACUUGGUCUUUUUUUAUUUCAUAACCUUCCACAAGUUCCGCUAUUUAUUUCACAAGUUCCGCUACUGCCAUUGAGUGUAUCUUUAAGGGUUUUCAUGAGUUAUAUCGUAAAAACAUUCUCUGUUGAAUCAAGACAAAC